CGCCUAUGGGCAGGGAGGGGAGCAUAGGGGCUGCAAUCCCAGAGCUUUGCUUGAUUUCCCUCUGCCUUCUGUUUUGCGCAUAGGCGACUGCCAGCUGCAAACCCACUGUCGCAUCCAGAAGUGCACCACGGACUUUGUAGCCUUGACGUCGCAUCUCAACUCCGCUCUCGAUGGUUUUGACUUGGAGUUCUGCAAGGCCCUGCGGGCGUACUCAGCCUGCACCUACCGCAACUCCAAGGUGUGCCGCGGAAACCUCGUCUACCACUCCGCGGUGCUCGGCAUCAGCGACCUCAUGAGCCAGAGGAACUGCUCCAAGGACGGACCCACGUCCUCCACCAACCCUGAGGUGACGCAUGACCCCUGCCACUACAGCGCCCGCGUGGGUGCCAGGGAGCAGCGUGGCGGGGAGCAGCUCUCUCCUCCCACCUACCUGUUCUGUGGCUUGUUCGGUGACCCUCACCUGAGGACUUUCAAGGAUCACUUCCAGACAUGCAAAGUGGAAGGGGCUUGGCCCCUCAUAGACAAUAACUACCUAUCAGUGCAAGUGACGAAUGUUCCUGUGGUCCCAGGAUCCAGUGCUACUGCUACAAAUAAGAUAACUAUUAUCUUCAAGUCAUACCAAGACUGCACAGAUCAGAAGGUCUACCAGGCAGUGACUGAUGACUUACCCGCAGCCUUUGUGGAUGGCACGACAAGCGGAGGCGACGGGAACACCAGGAGCCUGCAGAUCGUGGAGAGAGUGAGCGGCAAGUAUGUGGAAAUGCACGCGCGGUACAUGGGCACCACGGUGUAUGUGCGGCAGCUUGGGCGCUACCUCACGCUGGCCAUCCGCAUGCCCCAGGAGCUGGCCAUGGCCUAUGAGGAGAGCCAGGACCUGCAGCUGUGCGUGAAUGGCUGCCCAUCGGGUGAGCACAUCGACGCGAGCGGCUACCCGCCCCCGCCCCCGGGGGGGGGCCCCGGCGGCGGCAGCGCAGAACGCGCUGCAGGACGUGGAGGCGCUACAUCCGCGCCGUGA